GGAUUCCUUCCCGCAGCCCUGACAUCUGUUUUCAGGCAGAUAACACCACUUGCAGCAGCUGCUGCCCCCACACGCGAGUCCAAGUUUCAUGGGGCAGAACGCGACGGCCACGGAGCGCAAGGGGAUGCAGCGCCCAGCGCUCUGCCAGCUCACGGCCUCCUGUCUCUCCCCCUCUUUUCCUUUCCGGAUAAAGUCGGGAUGCAAACGCACAUCCGCGCCGUGGCCACGCAGCCCGGCCGUACAGACCUGUCACCUCCAUCAGAGCUUUUUUCGGCUCAUUCAUUUUGUGCCGGGAGAGGCGUCAGACUGCCAGCCCCGGGGACAAUCGCUCUCGCGCAGGACGGCUCCGGCACAGGCAAGCAGAAGGUGGCUGUUCAGCUCCUACAAGCGAGUCUCCUCCCGCUCUGCAGCCCCGUCCCCCAGCACCGCAGCUCAUCCCUCGUGCCCAUCACAGAAUCGGGGACCGUCAGCAAUGGGGACCAGCUCAGGGGGUGUCCCUGGAGGGCCCCCCCCACCCCGCACGGCUCCCACCUGCCCACGCGGGGCUGCAGAGGCCCCCGUGCAGCCGCUGCUUCAACUCCUGCAGCUCCCACACGCAGGGGACAAACACCAACCCGCUGCCACCAGCCAGCACCACCCUCGGCCGCGGUGCCGCUUCUCGGUGGGUGCUGCCCUGUGGGAUCCCGGGGGGCUCUGGGGGGGAACCCCCUGGCCUGGGCAGCCCCUGGGACCCCCAGCACCAACCGCAACACUUCACACCCUACAGCCCUCAGGGGAGAGCGGUGGCCCCAGUGCCCCGGGGCUGUCCCGGUGGGUCCCCAGCACCUGGAGGGGCAGUUUGCAAGGCUGAGCCUUCACAACACAGACACCCCUGUGGGGACAAUCCCUGGCAACAACGUCCCCCCGGGCAGUGACGUCCCCCCAAGCCACUGUGCUGCCCACCAUGCCCAAGCCAUUGGGGACCCUCAGGCUGCUGAAGCAGAUGCUUCAGGAUCGCUCCCUAGACCCAGGACGGUCCUAGCAGUGUCCCCAAGCCUGGGGAUCCUGGUGGCCAUGGCAGAGCCAACCCCAACCACAUCAGCUCAUUCUCACUGCCCGUGGAGCCGCUCAUCCAACCCAUCCUGCAGGCCACCGACACGGUCCUGAGCGCAGGAGCACGGGGGCACCGGGAGGGACCUGCCACCACCCCGGGAUGGCACGGCCCAGCCUGGCGGGGGGACAAUGAAAAGCUGGGGGAGAGCAGAGGAGGACCUGGCCAAACCCACCCAGCAAGCACAGGGCUCUGGCGGCCAACAUGGGGGACACAGGGGGAGAACAUAUAUAUAAUUUUUUCUCUUUUCCAUUAAAAGCCAUUUCUCCAGAA